GCCGAGCUCGCGUAACAUGGCUCGUGCUGUAGGAUAUGUUGGCUUUUCCCACCACUUCGUUAGACGCUAAGGAAGUUUGUCGUUACUAGAGUCGCCGUCGAUAGACUCAAUUAUGCCAAAUCUGGCCACAUUGCCCUACAGAUUUGUGCCAAGUGAUUUCGUCACCGUUGUGAUUCACUUGACUCCGAUCGUAUUAUCAUAUUUUUCAAGUUUGUAUUAUCAGUGAAGAAAAUAAAUGUGCCUAUUAGGAAGUACAGCCCAAGCCGCACGAAGGCUUGGUAGGGUUAUGAAUAUUUAGCAUCUCGAGGAGAGCUGAUUGUUAUAACAAUAGAUAACGAAGUGAUUUGGCACUAACCGUGUUAAAAAUGACAUAUAUGGAUUUUUUUGGUUGUGCCUUUUUGGCUUUCGGCCCGCCGUUAGCCAUGUUUACGUUCACCGUUGCGGCUGAACCUGUCAGAAUUAUCGUAUUGAUAGUCAGUGCUUUCUUUUGGCUUAUUUCUUUAUUAUUGUCAUCGGUGCUCUGGUAUGCCGUCGUACCUCUUCAAAAUCACCUUGCAUUUGGACUGGUAUUCUCUGUGUUGUUUCAAGAAGCUUUCAGGUACCUCUUAUACUGGGUACUUCGAAAAGCAGAGAAAGGCUUAGAGAAAGUGACUACAACACAUGUGGCAGACAGCAGACAUGUGUUUGCCUACGUGUGUGGCUUAGGAUUUGGUUUUAUGAGCGGUGCCUUUGCUCUAGUCAAUGUCCUAGCAGAUGCUGUUGGACCUGGAACAAUGGGACUGCAACAAGGCUCAGAAUACUUUUUUAUGAUAUCAGCAGCCACAACUCUUUGCUUCAUUCUUCUGCAUACAUUUUGGGGUGUCAUAUUCUUUGCUGCUCUGGAUAACAAAAAUUGGGGACAAGUUAUGUGGGUUGUUGGCUCACAUUUGUUUGUGUCAUGUAUGACCUUGUUAAAUGUACAUCAGGCUUAUAUAACUACCACUUUUUCUGGUUACACGAUUCUAAUGAUAACGACUAUGCUCGCUUUCAAAGUCGCGGGCGGCAGAGCUCAAAGUAUAGCGCAUUGUUUUACGAGAAAGUGA